AUGCGGCUGGAGAAGACUGCGCUUCCCGAUAGUCCCGUGAAACAGAGCCCUUAUCUAAAUGCUUUCAGCAUGCUCCCCACGGCGAAGAGGUCUUCCUCCAGUACUUCACUGAAGUCGUCGCGCAGUGCGCCCUCCACGCCUCAGCACCGUAGGCGAGCCCAGACUCCCUCCGGGACCAGAGAAUCGAGCGUUGCGUUCACUCUCGAGUUCAACGGCGGUCUUCGGGGAGCCAGCUACAGGCUCGCGAUAAAACAACAGCCGGCAGGAGGCCACAACCCGGUCACAGUUUUCUCCGGAGUCGUAUCCAACGGGGACACUCUGACAUUCUUCUCGAGACGAUCGACGGGCCAAAACUUCAACGCGACUAUCUACAUCGAUGCUUUACGGUACCAUCAGUUGAGCGGCUGUUGUGAAAAUCGGUAUAAGGAGGGAUCAUCGUUCGGGAAUCGCCUGACGAUCCGCAAAAUCGAUAAUGUCAAGCCCUGCUACAAAUGUCAGUUUGAGAAGGAGCUGAAGAAGCAGAGAUGA